AUCAAAAUUCCACUCCAGAUCACCACCGUCACUUUCAAACUUCGAUUUUCUCUCCUAAUUUGCACCACCAUGGUUGCACCAUCGAUUUCUGCUGCGCCGGCCACCGGAACCGUCGGUCGAUGUCGGCUGUGACCAAUUCAGGUUUCGUAUCGUCGCUGAAGCUUUAGUUCUUUCAUGGGCGAUCUUCGGUUUUGGUCGCUUGAACAAAAUGGUGCCGUAGCAGAAGACAAACCGUCCUCUUCCUCAUCGUUUUCAUCGUUGCUCCCGUCGAAUCCGGAGGCUGUUGAUGCUGGUUACUGGCGGAGAGCCGAGGAAGUCACGCAGGCUAUAAUCUGGCAGGUUCAGCCUACUGUCGUAUCGGAAAGGAGAAGGGAAGCGGUUAUAGAUUACGUGCAAAGACUCCUUAGAGGUCAUCUUCAAUGCGAGGUUUUCCCAUUUGGGUCAGUGCCAUUAAAGACCUACUUGCCUGAUGGAGAUAUUGAUUUGACGGCCCUUGUGGGUUCAAAUUUAGAGGACGCUUUGGCCAGUGAUGUAUGUUCGGUCCUCAAUAGUGAAGAACAGAAUGGGGCAGCUGAGUUUGUUGUAAAGGAUGUGCAAUUAAUUCGAGCUGAGGUUAAGCUUGUAAAAUGCCUUGUACAGAAUAUAGUUGUUGAUAUUUCGUUCAAUCAAUUGGGAGGGCUUUCCACCUUGUGCUUCCUUGAGAAGAUUGAUCGUCGUAUUGGCAAAGAUAAUCUUUUCAAGCGCAGCAUUAUACUGAUUAAAGCUUGGUGCUAUUAUGAGAGCCGCAUUCUUGGAGCUCAUCAUGGCUUGAUAUCAACAUAUGCUUUGGAGACUUUGGUUCUAUAUAUUUUUCAUCUCUUCCAUUCGGCCUUAAAUGGUCCUCUAGAGGUGCUGUACAAGUUUCUAGACUAUUUUAGCAAAUUUGAUUGGGAUAAUUACUGCAUAAGCUUGAAUGGUCCAGUUCGGCUAUCCUCACUACCAGAGUUUGUUGUUGAGACACCUGAAAAUGGUGGGGGUGAUCUGUUGCUUGGCGCUGAUUUUCUUAACAACUGUUUAGAAAGGUUGUCAGUGCCUGCAAGGGGGAACGAGGCAAACUCAAGGGCAUUUCCCAUAAAGCAUCUCAACAUUGUUGAUCCACUGAAAGAAAAUAACAACCUUGGUCGCAGUGUUAGCAAAGGAAACUUCUACAGGAUUAGAAGUGCUUUCAGUUUUGGUGCCCGGAAGCUAGGGUUCAUCCUUUCCCGUCCUGAAGAAAAUAUAGUGGAUGAAGUUUGCAACUUUUUUUUNGCUACAUUGGAUAGGCACGGAGGUGGGCAGCGGCCUGAUGUCCAAGAUUCUGUUCCAGUGUCUGGAGGCUAUGAAUCUUGUGCAGCUUUACUCGCAUCUGGUACAGACGCCCAAGAAGAAACCAAUAAUAGUAAUUCAGGCUCUGUGUGUGACAGUGAAACUACUGGGGAAUAUAGCUGGAGUCGGGAAAUAUCAACUCAUGGGGUAAAUGGCAAUGAUAAGGCAUCAGGUAAAUAUGAUCACAUUGGCAGUAUCACGACUGAAUCAUCUCGAAGAAGAUCGGUCCAAGUGCCAUUAUCAGUUCCUUCAGGUGUUGAUAGUCUUGCAAAUGCCAUUGGUGUUUCAGAUUAUCGUCUCUCUGGGGAUGCAAAUGAUCUUGCUAGUCUGAGAAUUGAAGGUGUUACUAUUUCUCACGAUGCAAAUAAGUCAUCCCCUUCAAGUUUUGGGGAGGGUAUACUGCCAUUAGGUCAUCAAUCUCAUCGUGCUCCUCAUCGUUAUUGCUCAAGACCGAUCAUGGAAAAUGGGGAGCUAAAAGAUGAACACACAAAUAAAUCUACUCCAGAGAACUCUGAGUUAAUGGAAAAGGACUCAUCUUGCCAGCAUCUGCAAUCACCUACUGUAGCAACAGUGUCUUCCGCACAAGUUAAGCAGGAUGAGAACCACGUGACUGAUGACGACGAUGUGGCAAACAAAUCUGAAACAAAACAAUGUUCUCCAUCUUCAAAUUCAAUAUCUUUCUCAUCUGAAGACUUUUAUCCUCGUUCUUGUCGUUAUCGGUUCCUGACUAGACCUCCAGAAACUAAUGCUUUGUCAGAUCUUAAUGGUGAUUAUGAAAGUCAUUUCAACAGUUUGCAAAUUGGCCGGUGGUACUACGAUUAUGCCUCGAGUGCGCCCCUUUCGCCUAUUCCUCCACCUUUGCCUUCGCAAUAUCCAAGCAAGAAUGCAUGGGAUAUAAUUCGACGCUCAGUGCAGGUAAAGCAGAAUCCAUUUGCCCAGAUAAACAGUAAUGGACUUAUUCCAAGAACAGCAUUCUAUCCCAUACGAUCACCAAUAUUAACAGGGGGUGCAACAUUGGGUAUGGAAGAGAUGCCGAAGCCACGAGGAACGGGGACAUACUUUCCCAACAUGAACCAUUACAGAGACAGACCACCAUCAGCCAGGGGAAGGAACCAAGUGCCAGUGAGGUCACCUCGAAACAACGGCCAAUCACUGACCCCCUUGGAAACAACUGUGCCUGAGAAAAGUGGUCAAGACCUGCACCAAGUACCAACUGCCAAUCAUGGUGGUGGUAUAUUGACUUCCUCUGGAUCUCCUGUAAGGAGAGCUAACCAUAAUGGUAAUGUUGCAAUGCCUCGGCCAGACAGAGCUGUAGAAUUCGGGUCAUUUGGGCAUCUUCAAUUAGAGUCACCCGUAGAUUGCAGCGGGGAACCUAGUCAAGUAUCUGCACUCUUACAAAACCCCGCAGCAGCUUUGAACGUAUCAAGUCCCAAGAUGCAGAAAGCCAAACAGGCGUCGAUUACCGACCAAGAUAGGCUCUCUGUUCAUAUGCAAUCAUACGAGUUAAAAGAUGAAGAGGAUUUCCCACCCUUAUCCAACUGACACGAAUGGGAAAUGGAGCUUUUAUUUAUUUGGUUAGUCAGUAUGAAACUGAGUAGGAAGAAAACUGUAGUAGUUGCUAACAAACUGAACCAAGCGAGACUCGUCGACAACGGUUUCCUCCUCGACCCUCCCAUCUCUGCAAUUUAGAUGUUCUGUUCUAUUUGUAGCUCAAAAAUUAUUUUGUAAAUUCUACCAAUUUAUUUUGCUUGAUAGUCGUGUUUUACACCAAAAAAAGAGCUUUUUUUUUUUUUCUUUUUUUCUUUCCUUUUCCCUAGUAAACUUAGGAUGCCUGUAACAAUGGAAGCACAGACUAUAUUUUGUUGCCUAUGUUUGUUGUAAGUCAAAAGGCUUGCUUUUGGAGCCAAUCUCUAUACUCUGCCUUAACCAUCACCAUGCAUUAGCAGCAGUGUUAAUUGUGC